UUUUAUUUUAUUGAUAGGAACGAAAAAGAAAUGUUGGUAGUGUGUUUUGACUGUUGUUGAAGGGAAUGAAAUGAAAAAGAGUGAGGUGGUAAGAUAAAGAAGAAGCGGAAAGAGAAAGAGAGAGAGAGAAUGGCGAGGUCAGAUGAAGAAUACGAUUACCUAUUCAAGGUGGUACUGAUCGGUGAUUCUGGAGUGGGAAAAUCCAAUCUGCUUUCUCGUUUCACACGCAACGAGUUCUGUUUAGAGUCGAAAUCCACAAUCGGCGUGGAAUUCGCGACUCGCACCCUUGAGGUUGAAGGAAGAACGGUUAAGGCUCAGAUAUGGGACACAGCUGGACAAGAACGAUACAGAGCAAUAACCAGUGCGUAUUAUCGUGGCGCUCUUGGAGCUCUUCUUGUCUACGAUGUAACCAAACCGACAACCUUCGACAAUGUUGGCCGAUGGCUCAAGGAGCUCAGAGACCACGCCGAUGUUAACAUAGUCACCACCUUGAUCGGCAACAAAACUGAUCUCAAGCAUCUCAGAGCUGUUGCUUCCGAGGAUGCACGAACAUAUGCCGAGAAAGAAGGCCUUUCUUUCGUUGAGACCUCUGCUCUUGAGUCCAUCAAUGUCGACAAGGCUUUCCACACCAUUCUUGCUGAGAUAUACCGCAUAAUCAGCAAGAAAUCGUUGUCUUCUUCGGCCGACGCCGCUGCUGCUACUGCUCUUAAAGAAGGCAAGACCAUCACCGUCGCUGCACCCCACCCCAAUGCUAAGGAUGGGAAGCCUUGUUGCUCAUCUUGAAGGGAAGUCUCCUUGUUUUGUUUGCCUUUUCUUGUUCUUGUUACAUUGUCAAGUCAAUCAACUUUGAACUUAGAAUCUCGUUAUUUAGUAUUCUUUUUGAAC